UUCCUCUCGUCUGUCCAUUCACAUCAGCGCUCCACGCCCCCGCCCCCGCCCCCGCCCCGAAUUUCCCAAAUCCUGCGCUGCUGCCUCCGCCCCAACCCCGCUCGUCAAAUCCUCUCCGCUUAACACGCCGGAGGAAUCCCUCCGGGACUCGUCUUCCUCAUCCCCUCCGCCGGGCUGGCGUGGAGUGGAGAUCCACCUGCACGUGGAUUGGUCUCUCCUGCUGCUGAGCUAGUAAAUAAGUGAAUUCCGUGCAUCAUUCGAGACUGUGUGGAAACUGCACUUAUUCCUUGGCCAAGCAAAUAGAAUAAAGAAACUCUGCACUGGGGGCAGGUGACCACACUUUUUCUUGGUCUGACCCUUCAUAUUCUCAGUGUCAUGCGUUCUCUGAUGUUGCCUCUUGCUUUAGAGUGAAAGCUCUGUCCUUUUUGGGAGCUACAGAGGCAAAAAGAACAUAGGGCUAGGAGAAGAAUAAACAAUGGGAAAGGGAGAUGUGGCCACUAGGUCCAAAUCUCAAAAAUCGUCAGCAAUACAGAAUGAGCAGAGUACACCUACUAAUCCUCCCACAGCAUAUCCUGACUGGUCUCAGUUCCAGGCAUACUAUAAUGCUGCUGGGACAGCUCCAGUGACCCCUCCGGCUUUUUUUCAUUCAUCUGUAGCUCCAAGUCCACAGGGGCACCCAUACAUGUGGGGCCCACAGAUGAUGCCUCCUUAUGGGACACCACCACCAUAUGCAGCUAUGUAUGCACAAGGCACACCAUAUCAGCAAGCACCCAUGCCACCGGGUUCACACCCAUACAGUCCUUAUCCUAUGCAGUCACCAAAUGGGACAGUUCAAACUCCAACAUCUGGUGCUGGCCGUACAGAGACAGAUAAAUCAAGCAAAAAUAAGCGGAAGACUCCCCUGAAGAGAUCCAAGGGAAGUUUAGGUAGUCUGGAUGUAGUUGCAGCCAAAAAUAAUAAAUCACCUGCAAAACCUUCAGCUUCUUCCUCCAAUGAAGGUUCUUCACAAAGUGAGAGUGGAAGUGGGAGUUCUUCUGAAGGAAGCAGUGCAAAUUCAAAAAGUGAUUCAAGGGUAAAGGAUAGUUCUGAGCGUGGGCAGGGUAAUGACUCUAGGAGUAAAGGUACUCAAAGCUCUGCAGUUGAGCCCACACAACCAUCUUCUGGUCCAGCUGUGCUCAACCCUAUGAUGCCAUUUUGGCCUGUCCCCCCUCCCAUGGGUGGCCCAGCAACUACUCUGAAUAUGGGAGUGGAUUACUGGGGUGCUCCUGCAUCUGUACCUGUGCAUGGUAAAGUUAUUGCAGCACCAGCAUCAGCUCCUUCAUCAAAUUCGCGUGAUAUUGUUCUCAGUGAUCCAGCUAUACAGGAUGAGCGAGAAUUGAAGAAACAAAAGCGGAAGCAAUCAAAUAGGGAAUCAGCUCGCCGCUCAAGAUUGCGCAAACAGGCUGAAUGGGAGGAAGUAGCCAACCGUGCAGAUUUGCUAAAGCAGGAAAACAGUUCACUCAAAGAAGAAUUGAAGCAACUUCAGGAGAAAUGUGAUAGCUUGACCUCAGAAAAUACAUCUCUACAUGAGAAGCUUAAAGCGCUUGAAGAUGAGAAAUCAAAUGGAAAUUGGUACAAAGAUUAAGGGCUGAAACUUCUCUCUUUCUGACUGCUGAUAUAAUUUGGUGGUGACAUAAUAGGUCGGACAGUUAGGAGGUAUUCGUGUAAGGUAUUAGAUUUUUGGCUGAGGGAUAACAUUGUAUCAUAGGAUUUGACAUGGCGGAUGGCUACAGAUUCUUCUUUUUCCAGUUGCAUCAGCUGUUGUGCUAUGGCUUUCUUCUUCCUUGUGCUAGAUGCCACAGAAGUACCACUGUAGAAAUCCCCAGGUGAUGUUUCAAACCUGGGGAUUAGCGUAUGUUGUAGCUGUUGUAGAGCUGCUCAUUGGGCUUAUUAACAUAAACUGAAGCGUGUUAAAGUUAUCAUUUGCGAUUUAUCGAUUCAGAUGGACUAAUUUGUAUACUAUAGUACUGCACUGAUUAAUAGUAUCUACGGACCACACUUUUACUUGCCA